AUGUCUCCGAAACCAGACUCCAAGCUGUACUCCAUCCCCGAGGCAGCAUCAUCGUCUUCGUCCGCCACAACAAUAGAUUCUUCAUCUCAGACGAGCGAUAUCGAUGAUUACAAUUUAGGUAGACGGCCCAGUGAUUUUGAGCUCAAUGAGCUUUUUCACGAUGACGAACCGCUUCUGUCUGAACAUGGUGAGUAUGCGCGAGAGAAGGAACAACAACAGCCUGUACCUAAAGCAUCGAGCUCGGCGAUGAAGUCAGCCUUUUGGACACUGGUCAAUAUUGUUGCGACAGUCUUGAUUGUCUUCACAAACAAAGCUAUCCUCUCUGGAAACUCCCUCAAACAUGCACAACUCUCGUUCGCAGCGUUUCACUUCACCAUCACUGGCCUCGUGCUCUUCAUACUCUCACGACCCAGAUUUGCAUUCUUCACACCUAAGUCUGUUGCCUUUCGACAAAUGAUUCCGCUCUCAACGGUCAUGGCUCUCAACGUUAUCUUUCCGAACCUCUCGCUUGCAUACUCGUCUGUACCAUUCUACCAGAUCUCUCGUAUCUUGAUCACACCCUGCGUCGCUGCUAUGAACUUUGUACUUUACAGAGCUACUCUGCCUUUCAAUGCGUGUAUGGCACUAGUUCCGGCGUGUGUUGGAGUUGGAAUGGUGUCGUACUUUGACACCAAAACCACGAGUUCAAGUGCUGCUACGACUGGGUUGCUAGGUGUUGUCUUUGCAUUUCUGGGCGUCUUCUUUUCGUCACUUUAUACAGUCUGGCUAGAGACUUACCGACGACAGUUGAGUAUGACAAGUAUGCAGCUUUUACUCAACCAGGCCCCUCUCUCUGCCUUCCUGCUGCUGUAUUUUAUUCCCUUUGUUGACAAGGCUCCUGCUCGGGAAGAUCUAUCUCUGAACCUUUGGGUCUUGAUUUUCAUGUCUGGCAUCUUUGCAGCCCUGGUCAACGUUUCUCAAUUCUUCAUCAUUGCGGAAAUGGGUCCAGUGACUAGCACAGUUGUUGCCCAUGGCAAGACUUGCAUCAUCGUUGCUAUCGGCUGGUACAUUUCCGGUAGAGAUGUUGCUGAUAAGUCUAUCAUCGGCCUCUUGAUGGCUUUGCUCGGAAUAAUUCUGUGA